AACUUAUAACAGCGCAGCUAGGGUUUUAUGUACCUAUACUCUUCUCUCUUCUCCUUCAGGCAUCAGUUUCAGUUGAUCCAGAUGGCUCUAAGAGGUGUUUGGCAGCUAAAGAAGCUGGUAGUCAGCUAUUGCAAUUGGGGCGGCAGUAGCAGGGGAAUAAGGGCAUUCAUGGAGUCUGAAUUGCCUGCAUUCAAGGAGAAAAAUCCGCAACUUGAGGUGGUCACUGAACUCAAUCGUGGUCAGCAUCCUUUCUUGAAGGGAUUAUACAAGAACAAGAAUGAGCGUGCUGUAUGUGUGAAAAACUUGAAUCAAGACGAAGUACUUGAAGCUGCGACCAAGUUAAGAAAUUCACUUGGCAGAAAGGUGGUGAAGCUGAAGACUCGGCAUGUCACGAAACAACCAAGCGUUCAAGGUACAUGGUCAACAGCAUUGGAGUUAUAAACACCAAAAGAAAAAGGUCUAUGCGGGUGUUUUCUGACAUCCUUGGUUUUAUGAUAUGGAUCUGUAAGUCACAGGUGUAGUUUUUUGGACAAACAAGUAAUGGAUAAUGUGGUCUACAUGUAUGAGAAGCGGACUUUUCCAA